AUGGCCUUAAAAAUCUCUCAACUGCUUCACAUUCUUUUGCUGCUGUCUCUUCUAUUGCUAGUUUUUCAUGAGUAUUACAAUCUCAAGUCCAAGAUCAACGUGAAGCAGACCACACAAGCAACUCACUCAAUACCAUCAUCUCAUCACCUUUUAAUGAGCAGAAAGUUUCUAGCAACCAAAUUUGACUUCUCUCCUUUCUUUAAGCACCAUCAUGAACACCACCAACCGGGUGCUGAUGAUCCUUCAGACACAGAGAUUGAUCCACGUUAUGGGGUUGAGAAGCGUCGUGUGCCAACUGGUCCAAAUCCAUUACACCAUUGA